AUGACUACCCGUAUUUACAUUGGGCGUUUGACAUCUCGCACUUCUGAGAGAGAUGUUGAGCAUUUUUUUCGUGGAUAUGGACGCAUUCGUGAUAUUGUCUUAAAGAAUGGAUUUGGAUUUGUGGAGUUUGAUGAUCGUAGAGAUGCUUAUGAUGCGAUCCAUGAUCUGAACGGAAAGGAUCUUGGUGGUGAUCGUGUCAUUCUUGACUUUUCCAAACCCCGUGGAGGUGGAAAUUCACGUGGAAGAUUUGGCGGUGGACGCUUUGAACGUGGACCACCAAGACGAGAAAGCCGUUAUGGACGUCCAAUGUCCACUCGCCAUCGUGUGCUCGUUGAGAACCUUUCUACUCGUAUUUCGUGGCAGGACUUGAAAGACGAGGUUCGUCGCAAUGGCAUUGAGGCAACGUACGCUGAAGCUCACAAGGCAAAGGCCAACGAAGGUUUACUUUGCUUUGCAAAUCAUGAUGACUUGAAGAAAUGCAUUGAAAAAUGCGACGGGCUUGAAUUAAACGGAAGAAAGAUCAAGAUGAUUGAUGAUAGUGAAGCUGCAAGAUCGCGCAGCAGAAGCCGUGAAAGAGGACGUAGAAGCCGGUCUCGUGACAGUAGCAGAUCUCGAAGCCGCUCACGCUCGCCGAAGCGCAAUCGCUCAAAGUCCUCGUCUCGCAGCAGAAGUCGCUCUAAGAGUUCUGAAAGAAAAUCGCGUUCGCCAUCGCCAGCCAAGAAGUCUCCAUCUCCAAGGAAGCGUUCGGCUUCACCAAGAAAGCGUUCGAAUUCGCCGAAGAAGAGAGAUGAUCGAUCAAGAAGCGCUUCACCAAUGGAAGAAGACGCCAAAGAAAAUGGAGAUAAUUAA